GAGCCCAGCCUCCUCAGUGGUGAAGGGGCUGUUGUUGCACAGCCAGCUUCUGUCCCUCCGGUCGGAGGGAUGGUUAAUGAGAUUAGCAGUUCAUCUUAGCCUGCGUCAGUGCAAAGGGGUCAAUCAGUGGAUUAGCACCUUGCCUAAGAGUUCCAUCAGUUUAUUAUACUUUUUCUUUAUUACUUUCACUUUCAUGGGCUGGCCUCUGAAGAAUGUUUUAUACUUUUAGGUGUGAUUUUGUUGCAGAAGGGGAAUAUGAGAAUGCAACAUGCUGCCCUGGGACUCUCAGCCGCUGAAUGAAGCAUCUUCCAGGGCGACGAGAGGAGCAGCGGCAGCCAGAGAAGUGAAGGGCAGUUGGGCUGAAAUCUUGCCUGCUGUGGCAGAGUCUCAGACUCUGGAGAAAUCAUCCUCAUGCCACUUGUAAAUAACAAAGUUGGGGAUGGGGAUGUUGGCACAGCUGGCAACGACGAGGCUUUGGCAGAUGGAAAGGCUUUGGUGGAUUCUUUAAUAAAGGUGGUGGCAUGUUACCGGCAUUUGGCCUCGUGCGUUGGCAGCUGCACGGACGGCUUGCAGCUGCGAGAUGAGUUGCGGCAAACGAGGGAAAAGGCCCAAAAGUUGGCCGCGGCCCUCUGCGAUCACCUGACAUCACAUCUGCGGGACAAGAGCCUGCCCGAGGAGCAGCGGAGAGAGAUGGAGCUCCUCUGGGUGGCCUUCUCUUCUAGUCUGGAGCUCCUACACAUAGACAUGUGUAAAGUUUUCAACAUCGGAGACAACUUCUCACUGGCUAACACAACAUCGCUGGUGCAAACUGGCCUUCAAGGGGGAGGAACUUUGGUAGCAGCUCGAGCGCUCAGCCUGGCAGAGCUGGACGAAACCGAGACAGCGAGCCUCCCUGCCGACCUGGAGGGCGAGGAAAACUGCACCUUGGAGAAGGAGAUCAGUGAAAUUAACCACAUGAUCGACGACAUGGAGAUGAAGGUCAACGUGCUGCGCUGGAUGGUGGAGCCCCACGGGCCGCAGUACGCAGACCCGCUCAGCAGCACCGACAGCACCUCUCUAGCUCUGUUCUCCGUCAUGGAGGAGCAGCCCGGCGCUGCCAACCAGCCUCUCUGCCAGAGCAGUGUCCUCUUUGUGCUCUUAAUGCUGUUUGCUGUCAUUUUAGUGGCUGCCACUUUAUCUGUAUGUGUUUUCAUUUUCUCAUGAAAAAAAAACCUUAAUAUUCUCAACAUAUUUUUCUCCGUACAACCUCAGAAAGGCUGUUAAAAUGGCGAGAUUUCCAUUUGCAGUAGCUCUUUCUUUAUAACAUUUACAUUCUUUACACAUUUUCUCAAGGCAACUAAAUGGUUCGCAAUUGAAUAAGGUCAAUUAUCUUUAAAAACAGAAACAAAAGGCAUUGAAGAUAAUCUAUAUGCAGACCUGUUUGCCAUUGGUUGCAGUGGAUCCAAAGCUGCCAUAUGCUUUAAAACAUCUCUGAUAAUACUAAAAGGAAAUGGCUGCUAGGUAGAACUCAUUAAAUAAAUCCUAGGAGAGGCGAUUUAUUUUUACCUUCUUAAAUGUAAAAUGAUAGCUUACAUGUUCCUGUACAUUUUCCGGACUGGUUUGUGACACAUGAAAGGAACAAUUUGAUUUAAAAACUCGUGAGAAAGACACUUGUCACUUUUUGUUCCUUGUUGCCAUGAGAGGACACGGGCUGACUGACGCUUGGUAGUUGACGUACUCUAAUAACUUUUUGGAUUCAUUAUCUAUUUUGUAUAUAAUCUGCAUUAUAGGAACUAAAAAUGUAUACAGCAUAUGCAUUAUAAAAGUAUCAUCUUUGAUAUGACACUGCUGUUUGUUAACUUUUAUUGAUUUGCAUGUUUGGAUCGAUCAUCACUGUAAGUUUGGACACAACUUCAUAAAAGAAAUAAGUUGCAAGGAUUUUAGAUUCAUAAUCUAAAACAGCCAAAAGAUCUUACCAUGAUAUACCAACUCCAACUUUGCAUAUUCAAAGUGAUUGAAAGAUGACA